AUGGGCUUCUCUCUUCAAGCCCUACUCCUGGCGGUAACAGCGACGCAGGCGCUCGCAUCAUGCGCCCACGGGACCUUUCUUUCACCCCGGGCCGAGGACGGAACCGUCAAGGUUAACAAGUUUGGCUACACCGGUCUUAAUGGCCCCUUGAAUUGGGCAUCGCUCGAGUCGCCAGCCAAUAUCGGCUGCGCGACAGGCACUCACCAGUCGCCCAUCGACAUGAUCGACGGGCAGUUCACCUUGAUGAAGAGCUCAGACAUCCAGCUGUCGAUCCCGGAUAUUCCCGAGGGUGCCGAGUUUGAGAAUCUCGGCACAACCGUCGAGGUCAUCGCCAAAGGUGGCACACUGAAGGUCGACAACAAAGAUUUCGAGCUGCAGCAGUUCCAUUUCCAUCUUCCCAGCGAGCACCUCGACAACGGUACCAGCCAAGCGAUGGAAAUGCACAUGGUAUUCCAAAGCACCCAACAAGAAGUCGCCGUCAUCGGCGUCUACAUCAACAUCGCCCCCCCUUCCACCACCAACAACAACAACAACGCCAACGCCAACAACUCCACCCUGACCCCAACCCCCUUCCUCGAAUCAAUCUUCUCCACCAUCACCUCCAUCACCACCCCAGGCACAAAAACCACCACCCCCGCCCUCCCCCUCUCCUCCACCCUCCAAACCCUCCUCACCGCCCAAUCCAACACCUUCCAAUCCUACUCCGGCUCCCUGACCACCCCGCCCUGCACCGAAGGCGUGCGCUGGUUCGUGUCCGCGGCCCGUAUGGCCAUAGCCCCCGAGACCUUCCUCAAAGUCCGUGACGUAAUCGGUUUCAACUCACGGUUUCCACAGAAUAAGCUGGGCGAGCCGAAUAUCUUGAUGAUUUCUUCGUUGGGGGCGUCGAAGGCGGCUGUGGAGGCUAUGGCGAUGGGGAAUGCGCAGGGGGUGGUGGCUGUGGCGCCUGCGCCGGUGAUGGUGCCGAUGGGAGAGGGAGGUGGUAAUGGGGCGGGAAGGACUACGGUUACGACGACUACGACUAUGGAGACUUCGGCGCCGGUUGUUGCGGGGACGGGGACUGGUGGGGGGAUGAUGAAGGUUACGCCUGCGAGGAGGAGGGCGUAUUAA